UCGUAUCAAGAGAGUUCGGGGUUGAGACCAUACGUUGGUUUCGACAGCGAUUCCUCUCAUUUUCACGAAAGCAAUGAAGGUGUACACGAUUUACUCCAUUUUGAUAUCAACAGCAUGUGCUCUAGUCGAAGCGCAGCAAAAUGCUGGUGUCGUCGGUUCUUUUCUGCCGGUCAACCGCACUGCUUGCAAUGUCGGAGCGUGCUCCGCAGUCGACAGUAUGCGAAGCGUGGUCACAGCCGUCAAUACAUCUUUUUUCGGUCGACAGGAGUUUUGCUUGUGCCCUUUUCGCUUCGAAAAAUCCACCGAUGCUUGCACCGGUCUUGAAGUUUUCGAAACUUCUGUCAUUGCGGAAGGACGAGUCGUACGGGUAUCAUGUGCGGUGGAAGACAACAAUGCUUGUGUUAUGGGGUGCGGCAACUCGGUUUUUGAAGUAGACCGAGGCGCAAGGCUUAUCUUGGACGACAUUAGCUUCACUGGCGGCUCCAUCUACCCCCGCGUACUCAUCAACAGUGGCGCAAACCUGACCGGAAACAACUUGCGCUUUUUUGAUACAUUGAGUUGGGCCCCAGCGAGCCGUGCUCGCGGCUUACAAGUCUUCAACAGUAGUGGCGCAAACCUGACCGGAAACAACUUGCGCUUUUUUGAUACAUUGAGUUGGGCCCCAGCGAGCCGUGCUCGCGGCUUACAAGUCUUCAACAGUAGCCUGCGCGACUACCAAGGACUUCCGCCACGGUCACUGCAGCUAGCCAGCGGCAGUGGUGCUGGUAUCCUAAGUUCUGGUAUCCUAAGCUUGUACAAUACGACGUUUGAGAAUUGUAGAGCCACUAAGACAGGCGGUGGCCUCUAUACUGCUGGUCUAACACAGCUCACCGGGGUGCAGUUUCUGGACAACACUGCGCCCAAGGGCGGUGCCUUCUACGUUGGUGGUACCGGCACUGUCACUGUGCGUGAUAGCGUCGUUGUGGAUCCUUUUCAAUCGGACUUAAUGGAUCUUGGCAGCAACAGGAACUCUGUCGAAUCGUAGAUGAAGAACAGGGAGGAAACGAGGACACGAAACGCUCUCGUUACAUAAUUCCGUUGAUCAUUAUUGGUGGGAUUCUUCUUGGUGUCCUUUUGAUCUAUUGGUAUCGUCGACGCUCGCGUCUUCGUGAACGUCAAUCGGAUGGAGCGGAUUCGGAAGUGUCAACCUUUUAUUAAAGAGCACGUCUGCUAAGAAGUAGGUCACAAUUAGUUGAAU